UCAUUGUGGUACACUGCGUAAUAAGUAGUCGUGCACAUGUGUGUUAGAAAGUUCCGGAUUUCAUGUUUCGUCGAUAAACCUCCAUCCAUUAAAAAGCAUAUCGUCCAGAUGUGCUUUUGAAAGCUUGAAGGUAUUACAGUAUUAAUUUAAGGUGCUGAAUAAAAACAUUCCUUCUGUUAUUUUGUUAUCCCGUCCCUUAAAAACUCAAGCAAAGAUGAGUGGCAGACUAGGAGAUCUGAACGAGAAGCAGAACCAGCGGUUGCAACAGCUUAAACAGAACAUUCAAGAUGUGAUGACAUCAAAACAUGAUGACAGCACAUUGUUGCGGUUUCUACGAGCAAGAAAUUUCGACUUGAAAGCAACAGAGAAAAUGUUUCGCAAGGAUGUUGAAUGGCGAUCGGUGACAAAAACAGAUACCAUCGUGGAUGACUACACAGUACCAGAGGUUAUUGCCAAGCAUUAUGUUGGUGGUAGUCCUGGGUAUGAUAAGGAGGGAGCACCCGUCUGGAUCUUCCCAGUUGGGGAAAUAGAUGUCAAAGGUCUUGUGUACUCAUGCAAAGCCAGCGAUCUUUUACGGUUCAAUGUCUACAUUUUAGAAAAGCUGUACAAGGACAUGGAAGAACAAUCAAAAAAGAUUGGUAAGCAUGUUGAAGGUAUGACUUACAUCAUGGACCUUGGAAAGCUAGGCCUGCAUCAUCUAUGGAAACCUGGCAUUGAUUUGUUUAACCAGUUUAUUUCCAUGUUUGAGCAGCAUUAUCCAGAAACUCUGAAAUCUGUCUUCAUUGUCAGAGCGCCCAAGUUCUUCCCAUUGGCAUAUUCCCUGGUUAAACCAUUCCUGCAUGAAUACACUCGAAAGAAAAUCCACGUUCUUGGAAGUAAUUGGAAGGAGGCGUUACUAAAACAUAUUGAUGCAGAUGUGUUGCCAGUAUUCUGGGGUGGAAAUGCUACAGACCCUGAUGGCAAUGUGAACUGUAGAAGCAAGAUUCAGAUGGGUGGUGAGGUUCCAAAAUCAUUUUACCUAAAAGAUCGUGAACUAAGCAGCAAGAAUUUGAUCACCAAACAAAUAUCACGAGGCUCAGCGAUUGAGAUGAAGUACAUUGUCACAAAGCCGGGAAGCGUGAUAAGAUAUGAAUUCAAAACACAUGAUCACGACAUCGCAUUCGGUAUCAAGCGACUAGGUGCAGAAAACGAAAAGACUGUCAUCAAGAAAACGGAACGCUACAAUAGUCACAUGGUACCAGAAGAUGGAGAGGUCAUUUUGGAUGACCCUGGACAAUAUGUGGUCAAGUUUGAUAACAGUUACAGUUGGACCAAAACCAAGACUGUUAGUUUUUGCAUUGAGUUGCUUGAACCUCAAGACAUUGACGAAGCUCCAGAAUUUGAGGUGGACCCUGAAAAAUUUGAAAAUCUAAAUUUGUUUGAUUAAAUCACUUUUUUUAUUUGAAAAAUAAAAUGUAGUAUCUGAAAUCAGGGAAAAUGUAAUUAAUAAUUGAUUUUGACUCCAGGAUGUUUAUGCCUUAAGAUUUGGACCAAUAAAUCAUUUUUUCUAAUAAGAAUUUUAAAUAGCUAUGAUCUUUAAUUUUAACAAGUUUGGAUUAAAAUGUGAAGUAAUCAUUGUAUACAUAUUUUAUGAAUGUGUGAUCAUGUUUUAAAUCUCUAACUUACCAAAGUAUUGUGAUACAAAAUUCUGUAAAUAUGAUAUCAUUAUUAAUCUACCAUUAGAUAAUAAAAAAAAAAAUUUUUUAUGGAAUUUUUUAAAUGAAAGUAGCAAUUACACUGCAACUCAGCCAAUUACUGGAUACGCAGCUCAGGAUUUUAAGACUUGAAAAAAAAAGGAUGAAUGUGUAAUAAUAAUAAUAAUAGGUUGAUGGUGAUUUGUAGAGCACCAUUGUCUGUCUAAAACAGGCACUUUUAUUGAGAGCAUGAUGCCACAUUAUAUCUUAGGAGUAUUAUCAAUCAUUCAAUUCCAUAACCCCUGGUGGGGUGUGGUUGUUGAGGCACUAAUGAUGAUGUCUUGACAAUCUCCCGCCACUGGUCACGUUCAUGUGCUACACUCGGGGAUCUAGCAAAUGACAACCCUAUUCACUCUCUGAUUUGUCCUCCCAUCAUUUCCUCUGUCUUCCGCUUCUCCUUCCUUGAACUGUGCCUUGUAAGAUGGUUAUUGCAAGGCCGUGUGAUCUGGUUAUUUGUCUGUACCACAGUUUCCUUUUAUAAGUAUCAUAAGCAGGUAUUAAAUAUGAUAAAUAUUGAAAAGAUUUAUAUUAAAGAAAAAUUUAUGUUGAUUGUGAACUUCAUUUUCGAUUAAGAAUAUUUUUUU